AUGCAAAGGAGCAAACUAGCGCCAAUAUUGGACAAGGCGUUGAGCAAAGGCAAGAAUGAGGUAACUGAAGAAUGAGUACCUUCUGCAAUCAUAGUUAUAAAUUAUAGGUCAAUCUGUCGACUUUUGCCUUUUUGUUCGCUGAGAUGGUCAGAUAUGCACAGGGAAAGUCAAAAUCAGUGCAAGAAUUGGAAGAAAACCUAGCAAAAUAUGGGAAAUUCGUGGGCGACAGGCUUCUGGAUAUUACAAUGUUGCGAGAGAAGGGCUACAAGAGAGAUACCAAACUAGUAAAUGCACUCAUGUUUAUCCGGGGCACCCUGUGGAAGAGUCUUUUUGGAGAGGAAGCUGAAAAAUUGGAAAGAAGUACUGAAAAUCCAUCUCAUUGUAAUGAUUAUAUUUAUGACUUUUUAAUCAUACUUUAGAUUAUUUGAUCGAAAAGGAAUCGCUUGUUAACGCAUUCAUAUCAUUGCCCAAAGACAAAGUCUCUUUGAACUGUGCCGCUUUCACUGCGGGAAUAAUCGAAGCCUUCUUAACUGUAAGUUUUAUUAAAUACGUGCAAAAUCUUUGAGGGCAACAAUUUUCCUUGCAAAGUCAGCGCUCAUUGGCACAUGGGAACGGCGUAUUUGAUAGAAUUUGAUCAAGAAGUAAUAAAUCGUGACAGUAAUCUUGUUGAAAACCGAUAG